AUGACCGAAGAAACGAGUGCGCUCCUGGCGGAGCUCACCACGUUCUUGCGGGACGAGCCCGAGUUGGUGAAAGUGAACCGCCAGCUUAAGGACAAAGGAGACCGAGAUGUGAAGCUGGUGGAGUUUUCUCCCUGGAGCCAGGUACCGGAUGAGCUCAUCGAACGAGCGCGCAGCUUAAUUUUUGCCGACACUUGCCCUAAGCCGUUGCACCGCGCGGCGGGCGCGCUGUUGGGGCUGGCCGUGGCCGACUGGGUGGGUGCACCGUUGGAGUUCUUAGAGGUGGUGGAUGAGCCAAGCGCGAGCUGCUGGGAUCACGAUGCCUUUACCUGGAGAAAUCCCAACAAAAAUGAGUUGGAGCGUGGAGUGCUGAAGCCUGGGCAAUGGACCGAUGACACGUCCAUGGCCCUUUGCUUAGCCGACUCCUUGGCCCUCCAUGGACGUUUGGACGGGUCAGACCUGCGCUUGCGAUUCUGGUGCUGGUUCGGGGAGGGCAUGAACAACCCCUUCCGUUUCGACGCGGAGCGCGGCGACCGGCGCAGCUUUGGAUUGGGCCUCAACACGGCGAAAAGCUUGAUGGCACUGAAGCCGCUGGAACCCAUCGAGGCGAUCUACGUGAACCCUGGUAGUAGUGACUCCGGCAAUGGGGGGCUCAUGCGCUUGGCGCCGGCCGGGACGCGUGAGAUGGGAACGUUGACCUACGAAUGA